AAACAAUGACACCAUUUGCAUGGGAGACCAAUAAGUGUUUUCAAAUGACACCACACAGAAAAAGCAGACAUGCAGUUGGCCACUGAAACUGAAGCAGCAGAGUACUUGAACAGGAAGCUUAACUUUAUGUGGUUAGCCAAGCAUUGCAGUGCACUUGGCUGCAUACAGGAAGCUAGUAUCACUCAUUGGUCUUCAGUCUGAAAGCGGUUACGUGUGCCUGUGAGCCUUUUCACUCACGCAUCAAGAAAUUUGUCUUAAAAUGGCCCAGGGAAAGGAUCAAUCCUUCGCCAGCCGUAUUUUCCACAAAUAUCGUAAGAGUAGCCAAGACAACAAAGGACAGGAGAGUGAGGUGCCUCGUAUCUCUGAGUUCACCAUCAUGUGGGAUAAGUUGAUGAAAGAGUUCUUAGCUAAAGCCAAAGAGGAUUUUUUAAGAAAAUGGGAGUGUCCACCACAGAGCACAACGGGCCUGGAUGACUUCGAUAGGUUCAAGACUCUGGGCACUGGCUCAUUCGGGCGAGUUAUGCUUGUGAAACAUAAAGAAACAAACCAGUUCUACGCCAUGAAGAUCUUGGACAAACAAAAAGUGGUGAAGCUGAAGCAGAUAGAACACACACUAAAUGAAAAGAGAAUACUACAGGCCGUGUCCUUCCCCUUCCUCGUCAGAUUGGAGUACGCUUUCAAGGACAACUCAAACCUCUACAUGGUGAUGGAGUAUGUGCCCGGUGGAGAGAUGUUCUCACACCUCAGACGUAUUGGAAGGUUCAGUGAACAUCAUGCAAGAUUUUAUGCAGCUCAGAUAAUACUCACCUUUGAGUACCUUCACUCCUUGGACCUCAUCUACAGAGACCUGAAGCCUGAAAACCUGCUCAUAGAUCAACAUGGGUAUAUCCAGGUCACAGACUUCGGCUUUGCCAAAAGAGUAAAAGGCAGGACCUGGACAUUGUGUGGAACUCCUGAGUACCUGGCUCCAGAGAUCAUCCUCAGCAAGGGCUACAACAAAGCUGUGGACUGGUGGGCACUUGGAGUCCUUAUCUAUGAAAUGGCUGCUGGUUACCCUCCCUUUUUUGCUGAUCAGCCUAUCCAGAUCUAUGAAAAGAUUGUGUCUGGAAAGGUACGAUUCCCCUCUCACUUUAGCUCCGACCUGAAGGAUCUGCUGAGAAACCUGCUCCAAGUAGACCUGACAAAGCGAUUUGGCAACCUGAAGAAUGGUGUAAAUGACAUAAAAAAUCACAAGUGGUUCUCCACAACAGACUGGAUUGCCAUAUAUGAGAGAAAGGUUGAAGCCCCCUUCUUGCCAAAGUGCAGAGGACCGGGAGACACAAGCAACUUUGAUGACUAUGAAGAGGAAGAGAUCCAUGUCUCACAGACAGAAAAGUGUGCAAAAGAGUUUGCUGAGUUCUAGUGAGUGGGCAAGAGUCCCAUCAGGGCUCACAUGUUUUGGGAUAUUUGCACUUAACUUGGGUUAAGGUGGAACUGAGGCCGUCACAUGUUCAAAACAAAUGCCUCGUUCCUUCAUUCCACACAGCUGAAUGAGGUCCUUCUUGCCAUGAUCCUGCGUGCAGCAGCACUAACCUAUACACGGGCACAUUAUGCAGACACCCCUCGUGCUGCAACACAAAAAUACUAGACCACGUUCUCAUAUUUUGUCUUUUUUCUUUAGUUUUUUUAUGUUUUGCCACUUUUGAAUAGCCUCUCUCCUCCUCAUUUCAAUUCAAAUAAUAAUUUGAAAAGCAACAUGAAAACUAAUAUUAUGCCCAUUUUCAUGUGGCACAAAGAGUGGUUGAUUGUAUUGCACAUAUUGUGAUUUAAGCUUUGUGGAAAAUAGAAGGGAUUAUGUUUUUUGAUUCAAAUUUCUAACAUUGAGUUUUUUCAGUUAUCUGUCAUCUGUUACAUGCCUGAGUGUGUUUUAGGGUUUAGUUUAUUAUUCAUUAAUCACGAACACUUUAUUCAUCAUUCUGGUGUCCUUAAGACCUAGAACCGUCUAUUUGUGCAUAUAGAAAUAUACAUAUAUGAGACAUAAGAUUUUCAAACACUUUUUGUUGUUAGAGCAUGACCAAAAUUCAAACAAAGAUGAUGUUUAGUGAAGGAAAAGCGACAAUGAUUACUUCUUGAAGAUUCUGAGUUUUAGCACUCGGGCAUUCAAUUCUUGAAGAGAUGGAUUAACAGUGACAAGUGUUAUUAUGGGGCAGAAACUUGUCAGUGCUGUAUUAACUGAUCAACUGUAGCAUUGUUUUAUCCAUAUCUGGUCACAGGACAUUUCCUUUUACCUCAGUCUAGGUGUGGUGUUAAAUGAAUGGAAUGAGAUGAGAUAUUUUUCAGGUACAACUCUGUUUCACAAGGAAGGUAAACUGAAGGGGUUUGAGUAUUUCACUCCACACAACAGGUCAUCUGUACUUGAUACUUCCAGAAAUGUAUGAUUUGCAUUGACAUGGCAUUUUAUAGCUGAAAGGUCAGUUUGUUAGAUUUUCUUGAGUAUGUUGUUGUGGGUGAGAAGCAGUGUAGGUCACAUGGACACAUUUUGUCCAUUUGGGGUUGGUUUUCGAUUUUGUUUUUAAAUGCUAAUUGUGCUUUAGCAGAGCACUUGGAAGUCAUUGUGUAACUGCCAUAUUUGUUUUAUUUUCAUUUUUACUUUUGCAUGUUUGUUACGUUUAUACAGCAGUGUCACAAAAAGCUAAUAGUUCCCGGAAAGUGUUCCCAUCUUCUUUUUUUUUUUUUUUUGGUUGUUUUGUUACCUUUUUUAAAAAAAUUGUUUCAUAGCCUGGGACAUUGAUGCAUUAGACAGGCAAUUUUUAUCUGAGUGACAUAUUCCUCUGCAUAAUCCCGUGAAAGCAAAACAAAAUCAUUAACCAUGAAAUAAUAACAAAAAACUGAAAUAUCAUAACCUUAAAGUAUUCAUUCAUCUUGGUCACUACUUGGUUGAAACAUAUACUUACCUCAACUAUAGCUUGUAGUCUCUUUGCAUCAUUUUUUUUAACAAUUUGUACACUGUGAUGGAGCAAUAUUUGCUCAUUCUUCCUCGCAAAAUUGCUCAGGCUGAGUCAGGUCAGUUAGAGGACGUUAACAUACACAAAUGUUGGUCUUGUUACAGAUUUUCAAAGGGAAUAAGAGUCUGACUUUUGAACAUUUUUUUCCUUGUAAACCACUCCUGUUAAAUUAUUGUCUACACAUAUGAAAUACAUAUUUUCUCUCCUCAAGAGAAAUAUAAGUUUUAUGAGGGAUUUUUCUAAACUGGGCACCAUUCAUUUCCCAUGAAUUCUGACACAUUGCCUGUCCUUGCUACUGAAAUGUAGUCCCUGCCUCCGCAAACUCCUCACCGGCGUGACAGGUUGUGUAUUUAACAAGUGAUCAUAGAAUCUGUUUGUCAAAGGUUCAGUACCUACAAGGCCAAGGUGUCCACUUGUUGAACUUCCAGAUGUCAGAAAAGCCCUGAUUGCUCCUGCCUCUGUGAUCCUUUGAUUCCCCAGAGGGAAGUUUGUCUCUGCCGUCCAUACGGAGGUCAGAGUCUGAGGUCAUUUCUGCAGGUCGGACACUCAGGGUUGUGGGGAAAUCAAAGUUUUUGCAUUUCACAAUAAUGUAUUUCAGUUUAACAUCUCUUAAGUCUUCUGAAGUUUUGAUCAUUAUUUGACAUGGUGCUCAAGUGUUUGUAGAUGAGAAAAAUGCAAUUUAAUCAAAUUCAACAAUCUUAGACAACCAAAUGUGAAAAAGGUUUGGGGACUGAAGGCUUUUUUUAAGGUACCGAUGUGCUGUAUAUGGAUAUUGGCAAUGCCUGAAUUUAAACUUUUUUUUCAUAUAUUGAGCACAUGAUGUGGCAUUUUAUUUAGCCCUAAUUUCAUUUCAAAAGGCACAAAUGUUUCGUAUGCUGUUUUUAUUUAUAUUAGAGCUGUCUAAUUAAAUUACAUUUUAAAUGUUUAAACCUGCAUAGUUCUCAGUAUAUAUAAGGAGACUCCAACUGUUCAAAGUGUUAUAAACAGUGAAUACAUUGGAUUAUUUAUUUGUACUUUUUUUUUUCAUUUGCCCUUAUUAAAAAUAAAACAUUUAUAGAAAUAAACAUAUUUAUUACCACAGUUAAUACACAUUAAUGCCUAUUUAAAAUUUGCCUUUUAAUUUAACUUUUUUUUUCUUUUUCUUAACCUUUUUUGUUUUAUUUCUUAACUUAGGAAAUUUAUUAAAGGGGAUCCAACAUUAUUUUUCCAGUUUGAAGGGGCAAACAGAAUGUAAUGGCAGAAUCAAUGACAUGUUUUAUUUGGACAAACUUUGAAAGCUUCACCUGGGGAAUUCAGCAUGUUUCAAUCCAAACUGCCUGUGUGUAAAUCUUCCCAGAAAGUGUGUAGGAAAUCCACAGCUCUUCUUAUGUGUCAUUUAUCCCCCAUGUGUGUAAUAAUGUUUGUCAUAUUUGAUGUAAAUGAUGGCACCUUUCCCUGAGCCACCUCACACUCCUGACUGAAGGAAAUCAGUUUAUGAGUUCUUUGUAGCUAGUCACACAUGCCAGUAUGGGAUCAAUAAUAUGAAAUGUGUCUGUAUUUAGUUUGUGGGAUAUUUUGCACAUCAUUUAGAAGGCUGACAUGUUUUUCCCACCCAUAUUUAUUUGUGUUUGAAUGGGGAAUAUACUUUGCUGUAGCAGAUUUUAUGUAACAAAGGAUAUGUCACUAUAAUAAAUUCUUUUUAUUAAAAAAAAUAA